CGCAUUACGUAGGCAAGCGGCUCCGCUCAACUUGCCACCUGCGCCGGGAGAGCUGCCGGGGAAGCGAGAUCCUGCCGGAGCCCCUCGCCCGCCGCUGGCCGCCCACCCGCCCUCCGCCAUGGACUGCUGCAAUGAGGGAGCCUGCACAAAGCUGGACGAGGACAUCCUGGACAUCCCUUUGGACGACCCUGAUGCCAACGCGGCAGCUGCCAAGAUCCAGGCUAGUUUCCGUGGCCAUAUGACCCGCAAGAAGAUCAAAGGGGGUGAGAUUGAUCGGAAAACCAAGGACGCCGAGUGCGCCAACAGCACCCGCGGCGGCGACCUCCGCAACGGCGACUAGGGGCCACCAGCUGCUCACCGGAAACCCCUCGCCACCGACCCCCUCCCGCCGCCGCCCGCCAAGGCCCAGGAGCCCCCGCUUCACCCCCUGCCCCCAGCAUGCAUCCCCCGGGGUCCCCCCACAGCCAGGCCCUGCCCCUGUCCCUGGCUGCCCCCACCCACCCCAGACACCCCCCACCCCAAUAAACACCCCUGCCAGAGCCCCGGCCUGUCCUCGGUGCCUUUUGGUGUCACCGGCAGAGCGGUGAGGUCACAGCGGGCAGGGGUGGGAGGGGUGAGGGGCAGGUGGUGCCCAGCAGUGAUCUCCCAUGUGUAUGUGUGACAUCCUACAGGCACGUGUGACAUCACUGCCAAGCGUGUGACAGCUGGCGUGACAUCACACUGGGGCACAGGGUGUGGUGUGACAUCGCUCGUGGGGGGGAGAUGACUUGUGAGGUGCUGGCUUGAGAUGGGUGGUGAUGUCACUACUGUCCAGUAGUGCUGUGACACCAUACAGGUGUGUAUAAUGUCACUGCUGGAUGUGUGACACCAUGCAGGUGUGUGUGACAUCACUGUGUGUCACCAUACAGAUGUGUGUGAUGGCUGGAGUGACGUCAUUCUGCUGUGUGUGAUGUCACUACUAGGCGUGGCUGUGGGUGUGACAUCAUGCAGGCACAUGUGACACCCCUGAUGGACAUGUGACAUGCCUGCAUGGCAUCACACAGGCAUCAGUCAGGUGCUGUGAUGUCACACACUCGCUGUGGCGUCAUACCUCCUGACACAGGGUGUGACAUCACGGUCACGGGGUGUGACAACAUGUGCAUCAUGAUGUCACCUCGCCCUGAGGACCCUGGCUGGUGCCCUGUGACAUCACCCUGCCCUAUGACAUCACCCAGAAGGUCGUGGGACAUCCCUCCCCACCUCGAAAUCUGCACAAACUCACCCAAAGCGCCGGUGCUGCGCAGCGCAGCAGCUUUUAAUCAGAAAACCCCUAAAAAAAAGUGUGUGUGUGUGUGUGUCCCUGUCACCCACCCCCCCCCCACCUUUUAAUGCUCUUUUAUGAAAAAUCCCUCAUUUCACCUGAUAUAUAGAUAUAGAAAAAAAAUAAUAAUAAGGGGAUCCCGCUGAGGCAGGGCUGGGGCUGGUUUGGGGGGUGAUAUUUAUGGGGAGGCUCGGUCCCUCCAAACCCAGAGAGCCUCUGCACCCAUUAAACACGCCCAUGAUGAGUCCAGCUGCUCGAGGCAUCUGUUAAAAAGAAAAGGAAA